AUGUUUGAGGGAUGUUUUCGAGAGUCCCAGCAGUUGACAGCGGCUCUGGAAGAGUUGAAGGAUGUUGUCUCAGUGCGCAGUCUUGAAGCGCUUUUCCAAUGGCUAUAUCUUCGUGUUGUCAGAUUUGAUAUUGAAGAUCCCACGGAGCAUAUUUCGGCUGCCAUGGAGCUCGUGAGGCUUGCAGACAAAUAUAUAAUCGCUGGGUUGGAAAUUGAAAUGUCCAAAUACAUCAAGGACAUCCUUAUUGCCAAUCCCCAUCCAGAGAAAAACAACUUUAGCCAACCUGUCAACACCAACACUUACUACCUGACGUCUGAUCACAUUGAGUCGGCAACCUUUCUACGCCGAGAGCAUCCGGUACAUCGGAUUCUGGCUGCAGCCUCCGUCGAAGGGUAUCUUCGAAGUGAAGAGCACAAGUUCGCCGAGGAGACUCAACGCUAUCCUUCCUUCGGAGCUGACCUUCUCCAAGAGGUGAGAAUGACCCUACACGGGCUAUCGCCUCCUCGGACUACCACUUCCGAAGACCCUAUCAGCGGAAGAAGAACACCUUUGGACUCGAAUAUAUUUGUAUAG